AACGCAGAAAUAGUUUAAAAAUGAAAGCUACUGUGAAGCAAUUUCAGUCCUGCUACUCAUAAAGCGCAAUGCCGACACCCCUAAGAACACAUAAAUCAAACCGACAUUAACAUCUUUCGCCCACUCCGACUGAAACGCCGCCACUCACUUUCAACACCACCCCAGCACUGUUUGCCACCUCCCACCGUCGACGCCCGAGCCUACCGAUUGGCUGAAAGUUCCUAGGGCUUAUUUUCGUCGACAGUGAUUGGGUGUUGAAAGUAACGGUGAAAUGCAAUCAAGUCGCCACAGAGUUUAGAGUAGAGAUAGUCCGCUGUCUGCAACUAAACUCACCUGUAAAGCCGGAUUGUUGAGUGGGUUGAAUAUACACGACGGGUUUGUUAAUUUAAAUUGAGACAUCUCUGAGUUACUCCCUUCAUGGCGUCGGCUUGCCUUCAGCUCUCAGGCUUUUUCAUCAGUUUCUUCGGAUGGAUUGGAAUAAUAAUCGCAACUGCAACCAAUGAUUGGAUUGUGACUUGCAGUUACGAGGUUACCACCUGCAAAAAGAUGGACCAGUUGGGAAUUAAAGGCCUUUGGCAGCAUUGCGUGAUGUCAACGGACCUGUACCACUGCAAAGCUCUGAGCGACAUACUGUCCUUGCCUGCUUACGUCCAGACAUCCCGAGCAUUGAUGAUCUCAGCUUCUAUCAUCGGCCUGCCUGCUGUCCUCCUGGUUUUAAUGUCUUUACCAUGCAUCAACUUGGGAAGCGAGCCAGAGUCAGUGAAGCACAGGCGUUCUGUGAUUGGUGGCAUACUCAAUUUAUUAAUUGCUUUAUUUGGAAUAAUAUCAACAGUGUGGUUUCCAAUUGGAGCAUACCGAGACUCUGGACUGAUGACGUUUGGCUUCUCUCUGUAUGCUGGUUGGAUCGGUUCAGCUCUGUGCUUGUUUGGAGGAUCUAUGAUCACUUGCUGUACUGGAGAGUCUCCUCAGUACAGUGAAGAUCGUUUUUAUUAUUCCAAGAAAGGAGCCCCUGCAACAUCAUCUCCAAACCAUGCUAAGAGUGCACAUGUUUAAAAGCUCUUAGUGCACAUUUGCAAUUGGAAAAUGUACAUUUGUAUAUUGCCUUUUUUACCAAGACUUUUUUGUUAUGUUAAAACCCAUUCCAGCUUUUUUUUUUACCAGUUAAAUAAUAAAUCAUAUCCUUUCUUUCUGAAGCCCUGAAAACAAAAUAACAAAAAUCACCCACUUUUAUGUAAAGUUGUUAUCUUUC